UUUGGUAAAAAUUCAAAAUUUUUGGUGAUCCUGGACAGUCCGUCCAAAUUUAAACACUAAUGGUGAUUGUUCGGCUGCUUGGCCCAAAUCGAUUGACCCAAUUGUAAAGAGGAGGGGCAUAUCCAGCCGCAACUUUUCUUAAAACCCUCCGCGAAGGCAGAGACUCGAAAACCCCCUUGCUUUCGACGCCGCAAUACACAGCAGAGCAGACAACAGUCCCCUCCACGCUAGCUUGUUCUCCGUUACUAUGUCUCCAAGCUUCGUAUUCGAACCUCCCAGCGAUGAGGAAAUUGAAAAUUUGGAAUCCGAAGAGGAAGAACAAGUAGACGAAGAAGAAGAUGGAGAAGAAGACGAUGGAGGAGGAAGAGGACCGAAACCCUCUCGUCAAUCUCAGGCUCCAUGGAACUUCGCUGCGUAUUCCAAAUCGGUCGCCGAAGAACACGCUCGUAGAAGCACCACCUCCGUCGAUUUCAAGAUCACCAAAGCUCGCCAACAGCUUUCCGUCGACCCCGCCGCCGACGACGGGAACGAGAGCUCUGAACCGGAACCGGACGGACAAGAAGGUUAUAGGUCGGAAGAGGAGGACCAUGAUACUACAAAUGCCGUUGACAGCAAGUCAUUUUUUGCCCCUUCUGAUGGAGCAUCGUACCAUGCCAAUUCAUUCUUGGAGCUUAAUUUGUCGCGUCCUUUGCUUCGGGCUUGCGAGUCCUUGGGUUACGUCAAACCCACGCCCAUUCAGGCAGCGUGCAUUCCAAUGGCAUUGGCUGGGCGUGAUAUAUGUGGGAGUGCGAUCACCGGUUCUGGAAAGACGGCUGCAUUUGCGUUACCUACACUGGAGAGAUUACUAUUUCGCCCAAAGAGAAUUCCUGCAAUUAGAGUCCUUAUUUUGACCCCGACCAGAGAGUUGGCUGUGCAGGUCCAUAGCAUGAUCGACAAGCUUUCCCAAUUUACAGAUAUCAGAUGUUGCCUGAUUGUUGGAGGACUUCCAAUGAAGGUGCAAGAGACAGCUUUGAGAUCAAUGCCAGAUAUUGUUGUGGCUACUCCAGGUCGCAUGAUAGAUCAUUUACGCAAUUCAAUAUCAGUGGGUUUGGACGAUCUUGCUGUUCUUAUUCUUGAUGAGGCAGAUCGUCUUUUGGAGCUUGGAUUUAACCCUGAAAUUCAUGAGUUGGUUCGCUUUUGUCCCAAAAGGAGACAGACCAUGCUUUUUUCAGCAACAAUGACUGAGGAAGUUGAUGAGCUUGUCAAGCUUUCUCUGAAUCAACCCGUGCGCCUCUCGGCUGAUCCAUCCACAAAACGACCAGCAAAAUUGACAGAGGAGGUAGUUAGGAUACGACGUAUGCGUGAAGUAAACCGGGAAGCAGUUCUUCUCGCAUUAUGCUCCAAGACGUUUACUGUCAAAGUUAUAGUCUUCAGUGGAACAAAACAGGCUGCACAUAGGUUGAAGAUUUUAUUUGGUUUAGCUGGCUUAAAAGCUGCCGAGCUUCAUGGUAAUCUUACUCAAGUUCAGCGCCUUGAUGCUUUAGAACUAUUCAGGAAGCAGGAAGUGGACUUUUUAAUUGCAACUGAUGUGGCUGCUCGUGGACUUGACAUAAUUGGAGUCCAAACAGUCAUAAACUAUGCAUGUCCUCGUGAUCUUACAAGCUAUGUCCAUCGAGUGGGUCGUACAGCAAGAGCCGGCAGAGAAGGUUAUGCUGUUACAUUUGUGACAGAUAAUGAUAGAUCCCUUUUAAAAGCUAUUGCAAAAAGGGCGGGUUCAAAGCUGAAGAGCCGUAUCGUUGCGGAACAAUCAAUAACCAAGUGGUCUAAGAUAAUUGAGCAAAUGGAAGAUCAAGUAGCUGCAAUUCUUCAAGAAGAGAGGGAAGAGAAAGCACUUAGAAAAGCUGAGAUGGAAGCAACAAAGGCAGAAAAUAUGAUUGCCCACAAGGAUGAAAUAUUUUCACGACCAAAACGAACGUGGUUUGUGACUGAAAAAGAGAAAAAGCUUGCAGCAAAGGCAGCUAAGGCAUCUUUGGAAAAAGGAAAGACAUCUGGAAACGAGGUCCUCAGUGCCCAACAAGCAGAAGACCUAAAGAUGAAGGAAAAGAGGAAACGAGAACGAGAGAAAAAUUUGCCCCGGAAGAAGCGCCGAAAACUGGAAGCAGCUAGAGAAAUGCUAGAGGAAAAUCAAAGUGAAAAGCUAGAAGGAAAUGGAAAACAAAAAGAAAAGAGUGGUUUGUCACUUGUUGAUCUGGCUUACCGGCGUGCAAAAGCUGUGAAGGCUAAAAAGAAGGCUGUGGACGCUGGAAAAAUUGUGAUGAAGGCUAGCAAGAAACCUAAGCAUUCUUCUGAAAGAACUCAGUCAAGGACAGAAGAGAUGAGGGAACUAUUUGAAAGUGACAUGAGUGAGAGGAAGCAGAGAAGAAACAUCAGUGGAGCAGGAAAGAAAAAGUCCAAGCACUCGUUUAAAAGCAAGUCAAGGUAUAAACGCAGAUAGCAACUUCUGGUCCGCAGAUUUGACGUUUUGGUGCUAAGAUACGAAAGGAUAGCUUAUAUGUUUUUAUUACUAGGUGUUGUUUUAAUAGCAAGCAAUUUUGGUCGAGUAAGAUUGGUCGAUGCCAUAGGGAGACAUAGACAUGGUGUCUAGCUCCUACUAGUUUCCUAAUGUUAUUUCCUUAUUUAUGCUCUUAUUUCUAUAGGAUUUUAUUUCCUGUUUUUCUCUUCUUUUUUUGGCUGAUCUUCUGAGAAGAUUCUUCUCUACUUUUUUACUUUUUUUUUUUUAAAGCUAAACGUAAUUUGAUAUAUCGCUGUUGAGCAAUUUGUUUUGGGACGUAGCUAACAGGCCAACCAAUCCAUAGAGUGAAUUAGGCCGGUACGACUUUUUGUAGAUUACUUAUUUCCUCGCACUAUAAUGAGUAAAUUGGGUUUAAAUUAUUUACAUAAUUGGGGUGU